CGUCAUCCACUCGCCCCAAUAUGGCGGCCAACGUGAGCUGGGAAUUUUGUUUUUGACUCAUUUUCCUCCAAUUAUCCUCAUUUUCUCCGCCACCGGGGAUUUCUGAGAUGUGUCAACGCUUCAGGCGAGGGAUUGAAACAUUUCGUAACUGUCGGUUGUAGCGUGGAGGGUAGGAAUCGUCCUAGGAGGGAGAGAGAAGGGAGAGAAAGAGAGAUGGAAGGACUGACUUUGAGUGAGGCGGAGCAGAAGUUGUAUUCGGAGCUUUUCGGGACUUGCGAUGUGGACCACACGGGUCGAGUCUCGGGCACCAGGGCUUCAGAACUCUUCCUAGCCUCGCAGCUGCCACACGACACGCUACAACAGAUCACAGAACUGUGCGGUGCGACCAGACUGGGUCAUUUUGGGCGUAGCCAGUUCUACAUCGCGCUGAAACUGAUCGCUGCUGUACAGAACGGUCUGCCUGUCAGACUGGACAGUCUCAAUACAGGAGGAGACAUGCCACUGCCAAGAUUUGUUCACAUCAAAGGAACAGAACAAGACAAGAAAAGGAUGCAGUUCGCAAAUGCGGGGGUAUCUCACCACAUGAGUAUGGAGGCGGAUCACUACACAUCGCCCGACAAACCGCACCAUCCGAUUCUGGAGAGACAGACGACACAUCCGGGGGUUUUGCCGCCACCUCCCAGCAGCAGAGGACAUGUGAGAAGUGGGAGCUCCGGAAACCCCCCUCACAUCCUCCACUCCCGACAACAUGUCGUCUCCGAAGCAGCCUCAAACAACCUACCCUUACAGGCGACUGCUACAUCCCCCCAAGAUAGUUACAGCUCCUCCCCUUACAACACCUCCCCUCCCACAACCUCCCCACCCAGCCAGCGCCGCAGUACCGACCGCCACCACAGCGGUCCCGCGGCCACCGCAGCCGCCACGGCAAAACGCUCGCUGUUCGACAACAGGAUGGAAGUACAGUGGACCGGUCAGUACGGAGCUGCAGCACAAGCUGCUGGGGUUAACACGGCGGACGGUUGGGUGGAGUUUUCGUCGUCCCCUGCCUCCCAACCCCGCAGCCUCGGGCCGGGACCCGGGGGCGCGCCCACAGACUCGGAAGACGAGUCGGACCCGUGGACGAUCACGCAGGAACAGAGAGACUACUACACGGCACAGUUUAAAACCAUGCAACCUGAUCUGCAUGGGUUGAUUCAAGGUACAACAGCAAGGGAGUUCUUCCAGCGAUCUAAGUUGCCAAUCGCCCAGUUAUCAAGGAUAUGGGAUAUGUCAGAUGUCAAUCAGGAUGGUGCUCUGUCCCUGGAGGAGUUUUUCGCAGCGUUUCACCUGGUGGUGGCCAGAAGAAAUGGUUAUGAUCUGCCGGAGACCUUGCCUCAGGCCCUGAUGCCUAAGAGCACUCAGCCAGCAACUGAGGAAGAUCCUUUUGCUGGUGCCCCUCCCAUGGCGGGUGGGGGGACUCCCCCUGUCCCUGCCACGGCACCGCAGACCCAAGCAGCCCCCCAGCCUGCCCCACAGGCACCCCCUCAGCCUGCACCCCAGGCCCCCCCUCAGCCGACCCCCCAGGCUGCCCCCCAGGCACCCCCCCAGCCGACACAGCAGCCGACACAGCAGCCAACAGGGGCACAGGGUGGCAGCAAGUCUGCUGAUGAGAACUGGGCCACGUUUGAUGAGAACUCCUCCUCGCCUUCUCCAGUAGUACAGAGCCCAGCCAACUUUGACUUCGCCGCUGUCCAUCCAGACCCAGCAUCAAAGAUUAUCCAGCCUGUACCAGUCCGAAUGUCACCAGAGGGGCAGACAUACUCAGACUACAGGCCCAGGACCUUCUCUGAACCAAUCCCAACGGACGUGGUAAACUUGCGCAGGGAGCGGUCGGGCACCAGUCCGAGCAAACAUCCCAAAUCUGGCGACACGGCAGAGUUCACGCCUGGCAAAAUCGCCCCUCCCCCUCCAAGCUCACGCUCAAAGAGUGCCAAAUCCUCAGCAGAGGAAGAGAUGGAAAACGGAGUCCCUCCCCACAAGAAACUGACACAGACCGUGUCGGACACCAUCCGGAUGAGACCCAGGCUUGCAGAGAAACUAUCCCGUCCAAGGUCUUACUCGGGAACCAGUGUCGGAGUGCAUCACCCGCCCCCCCUGGCCAUCAGCCCCCUGGCCCAAUCCGAUAGCCCCACCGAGUCCCAGUCGGGGGGUAAGAAGGAGGCCCCCCUGCUGCCUCCGCCCCCUCCCCGACCUCCCCCCAGACGCCAGCAGACCCACUCUCGCUCCGUGUCCCUAGACCUGAACCGUGUCUUCCUCCACAGGGACAGUAAAGGCAAACACCCCGCCCCCCAGCCGUUAGCCCCACCCCCUGCCGUACCCCCCAGACAUGUGUCACCGGCUACGAAGGGGCCCAAAGUGGUUCAACAGAACAGUGAACAGGCUAUGCCAAUCAGCCCAACCCCCAAGACUACCCCCAACAACGUGGUCAACUUCAUCACAGCGGAGGCCGCUGUCCCAGCGGAAGGGUUGAAGCACAGCAGAACGAUGUCCCUGGACAGCAAAGCUGGAUCCGCUUUUAGAACCAAAUGGACUUUUCGUAGGUCUGUCUCCUUCCAGCCCGAGGUACCUUUAGCGACAGAUACGCCCCCCACCCCUCCCCCCAGACCACAUGACCAGACAAGAGACAAAGCUGAAGACACACCAGUGGAACCUCCAACUAAGCCUGUAAAGAAGAAGGCACCCACACCUCCGCCAGUGAGGCCCAGGAACAGACACAGAUCUGGAGAGGACAGUCAGAAGUCAGAGCUCAGACAGGAAGAACCCAGUACAAACGACAGGAGAAGACACGUGUCGGCACCCGCUACUAGAGUACCCCCCAUUCCACCUCCACCCGUCAGAAGAAAAAGGGAGGAUAUCCAGGCUGCCAUCAGGGCGCACAAGGAGCGGAACACGGUCCUGUCACGCACCAACAGCGAGCUACAGGGGGACCUGGCAGAGGCCACGGAGGAACGCGUAACGCUGGAACUGCAACUUCAGAAACUCAAGCCAUUCGGGGUCACCGGCCUAUAGCACCGCGGGUAGCGCACAGGUAGCUUAAUCCGUCGGGUACGCUAUUGUACGUACAUCCAGCUUCUCACAGCGAUAACUACACGGCAAAACGACCGCAGCGAACGCCUCAUGCACAUUAUCCAGAUUGCAUGGACAAGACUUUUACUCAAGUCCCUUCACACAAGGAUCUUGAAGGAAAGGCUUUAAGAUUUAACACCAGAUUUUGCACUACAGGUACACUGUCAUAGGCAUAGUCGUGGUUAAACACUGUAAUAUGCAAACAGACACGUUUUUGAGAAUGGCAGAAGUUCGUUUGCGGUGGCAAUAACAAACUUACAUUUACAAGCAACACAAGUCAAGUUUGCCCUUGCCAUAGCCCAUAGAAGGUCAAAGGUGAGAUGUCAGAGGUCAAGGUCAUAGGUAGCCAGUGACCUUUUCCAUGCUUGCAGAAAGCUGAGUGGAAAAAGAGGCCCUAUUUCACAAAGAAACUACUAAAAAGUAUUUUUCCCCACUGCCUCCCUUCUUGCUAUACAAAAUGUAAAUGCCAGUAAAGCGAAGGAUUCUCGAAACUGUCGUGGUGGCAAUCUCGUUUUGCCCCCGGUUAGAAACUACGUAGUUGUGCAAGGGGGUCGGAAAAUGGUAGAAAGUAGCGUACGUCUUUGCCGCUGUGUGUCUUCCCGUCGUGUAGUAUUUUUGUGACUCUCGUGAAGGAUAUAUCUCUCUCAAGCAAGGCAGAAAAGCGACUGAAAAGUGUUGAAAAGCUGUUUCACCAAACUUCAAACUUGUAUGGCACGAGCUCACCUCCUACUACAGAAAUAGAAAUAAUUCUCACCAUACUUUUUCCUUAUGUUUUGAAGGAACUAAGUGAUGCGCGUAGUUUUUGCAAGCCAAAUUGUUCAAAUUAUGUACUGACUUGCAAAAGGAACAGUAACAAUGAUUGUCCUUUGUCGUAGUGAAAUAAACUUUCAACACUUUCUGCGUACCUUUUGGUAAUAAGGCAAGAGGGUAUGAGAUGUUCUUUAAAUGGAAGAGAUGUACAAUAGAAGAAUUAGAACCACACAAACUUUUUUAACAUCGAACUAUUUCAUCGCGUACGUCUGUAAGUAAAAGAACGCAUUUGAACGACAUUUCCCAAACCAUAGAGAUCAGUUGUUUGUUGUACUGUCUGAUUUAGGACAUGUGACUACAAAAUAAGCCUUUUUUGGGAGUAUUUUACGAAAGUGGGGAAGAAGAAUAGAGACAGACAGCAAUAUCCAGAAACGUUUGCCGAUAUAUCUGUGGGCACCGUGUCGCCCUGUGGAAGUGAAAUCUGGGCCCUGUAACACCGUUUAAAGAAUGUUGUAAAAAGGUGCUCUAUUAUUUACAAGUGCAUGAUGACGAUUAAUUAGUUUGUAAGCAAAAUCCCCGCUAUGUUGAAAGCAGUUUAUGUGGUUCAAGAACGUCUACUAAGGUUUGAGAGAGUAUAUUGUCUUUGUGCCAUGUACCGGAGAAAUCAUGUGGUAUUUCUUGUCCAUAUAGAUAUGUAGUCAACUAACGUGUACAUGUACAGAGAUAGGUCCAGAGUCAUUUUGAGUGAAGAAGGAACAAGUGCAAAUGGUAUGAAAUAAGUGUAGAAAGCUUAAACAUAUUCCAUUGUUUUCGAGUAAGAUGACAGUGAGAAAGAAAUGAUAACUUCUUUCAAUGCUGAUUAGAAGAUGGUUGGUUAUUAAAUGACCCGUUGUUUGAGUAAGAUCAUGCCAGAAGUUUUAUGUUAAGCAGAAUCGUGUCCACAAUAUUUGGACCUCCCCCCAUCAUACAAACAUGGAAAUGUCCAUCCACAUGGAUCUGAUAGCAUGGAAUAGUUUAUUUCAGUCAAAGAGGGGUGGCCAGGGUCAAAGAUUGUUAUGUUAACUACAUGAACAAUUACAACCCUGCUGAUGAAAGUUCCAGUAUUAUGAAAACCUUAUUUAGAAACUAUGGAUAUUAUUAUUGUAGAUAAGAGACUUAUGUAGAUAAUAGAUAUGCACAUAGUGUAAUAUUUGAAACUAUGGAAAAAAAAAAACUAACCGAGAAAAGAGAGAGUUAACGACAAAAGAAGAAAUAGUAGAAUAUUAUAAAGGUAUAUGCAGAACACCAACAUUGUGAGAUGUCAGUUCCUUUAACAAAAUUGAUGUGUUUAAGAUGAUUAUACUGCCUGCCAAAGUAACCAUAUUCACGGUAACAUUUUUCAAACCUUCCCUCAACAAUGCAAGUACACUAGAGAGUCAGUUUUGUGUUAUUUUUGCCAUUUUUGUAGAAAAUUUAGUAGCCAGAUUUGAACUUUUGUUGUUGUUAUUGUUUAAGGUCAUACCAUUUCCUUUCCUAGUGUCAUGGGCAUUUUGAGGUAAAAAAACAACAACUUUCAACUAUAUCCACUUCAAAAAAUGAGUACCAAUGUAUAGUUUUUCCCACCAGCCAUUUUUUUGCACCCAAGAAGCAACAAAUUGAAUUGAUAUGGCCAAACAAUGGCUGUCACCAACUGCCAUGUUCACAGUUAUUUUAUUGCUUAGAGCAGGUAAACUUAAGAGUUUGAUUUCUUCUUUUUGAAACAGGAGCUGGGGUUGUCAUGCAUGAUUUCACAAAAGCUUUGGAUUUCGAAAAAAAGGUGGCCAUGCCAGAAGGUAUAUAUUACACUUCCACAUCCCUAAGUGCUGCUGAAAUAUUCCAUAAUUACAAUCUAGACAAGGCAAAUAUCAAAUAUAACCUUCUCAUUUGCAUUUUAGACGAUCCUUAGAAUCAUAAUCUACAAGUCUUUUUUGUUUGGGAUGGUUGCAAAAUUCUUCUGCAUCCGCAAGAAGUUUGCAUAAUAGUUUGUAAGAAACAGCUACAUUAUAGGUUUUUGGUUUGUCUUUUUUAUUAGACAUACAGGUAUACUUGAGAAUACACUUAAGAAAGAACACGUGUCUUUCCAUUGAGAGAGAAGUGCAAUAGCAUCACACAUUGUCAAAGAUACCCAACACGUCCUAUAUCAUAGGCAUGGGUACAUCGAUAGUCCUUUUUUUCUUGUAAACCUUAUCAUAAGCAGUGUUUAGCAUUAUCAACAUUUGCCUUUAGGUAAAUUACACCAAGUGUCACUGUCAUAAACAUUACUUUUAUUACCCUAACCAUAUAUCUUGCCAUUACGAUUAGUACCUUUGUCAUAAAAUGAUUAGAAUAUCUGUAAGCUUAGUUUGAGUCAAAUGGAUAUUAAUUGUAUUAUAUCAGUUGAUUAUUGAAUGUAAGGAUACUGAAGGUAGGUUGAAUUGUUACGUUAGUUUACCAAUGCUUUCUUUGCAAUUAAAUACAAAAUUCCAAGUAAAGAAUAUGCUUACUAAUUGUGUUAGAAAGUUAUUGCCCAAAAGGCCAAUGUAAACUCAAUAUAAUGGUAAUAUUUUGUGAAAAAGUAGUAUAUGAUGGCAACUUCUUACCAAGUAAGUGUGGCAAACUUGUUCUUCAAGCGUAUACUUCUAAAGAUCAAAGAACUCACUUGUACAUUUUGUUUGUGGCAUAUUAUUAAGUAUCUUCAUUACACCGAGGAGAUAUAUGACGAGACUGCACAUUGUAAUAUUAGGUUUUGCUAAUAAUUAAUUCAGAAGAACCCCAUGUAUGUCUUGCUGACAUGUUUUGAUCGCAAUUGAGAGACAUACCCUAUUGUCCAUGGGAUGAUGAAAAGGGUGUGGCGUUUUCAUGGAUUAAACCUAUUAUUCAUGCCAAAAGGUG